CAGAACAAUGGGUAUGCGAUCAUGUUUAUGAUUGUGGUAGAGAGGAUAGAUUAGCUUCUCGAACAUGUCCGAAUGGAUAUUUUAAAUGUUCAGCUCAUCGCUGUAUAAAUAAUACAGGUCGUUGUAACGGUAAUGCUCAAUGUCGAGAUGGUUCUGAUGAAGCAGACUGUCAACGACGUUAUCCUAAUGGUCAACAUUGUCCAAUAGAUCAUUUUACUUGUAAUAAUGCUCUUUGUCUUAAUAAGAACUGGGUUUGUGAUGGAAAUAAUGAUUAUCUUGAUAAGAGAUAUGAUGCAACUCUUGAAUUAUCCCAAAUAGUACCUUGUAAUUCAACCAAUCGUUUUCAGUAUUAG